GGGCUGGGCCGGACGGGACCGGAGCGGGCUCGGCCGGGCUCGGCUCCGCAGUGGCGGGGGGGCGCGCGGCCGCGCGCGCGCGGCGGGAGCGCGCGGGGCGCAGAGGCGGCAGCCAAGAUGGCGGCGCGGGUGUCGCAGGGCCCGGCAGCCCGCGGGCGCUCUUAGGCCGCGGCCCCCCCGCCCCGCCGACCCCGGGCGGGCUCCCCGCCGCCCCGGCCCCUCCCGCCCUCCGGCAGCGGCGGCCGGCAGGAUGCUGCCCUCGCAGGAAGCCUCCAAGCUGUACCAUGACAACUACGUGCGGAACUCGCGCGCCAUCGGCGUGCUCUGGGCCAUCUUCACCAUCUGCUUCGCCAUCAUCAACGUGGUGGUCUUCAUCCAGCCCUACUGGGUGGGCGACAGCGUUAACACGCCCAAGCCCGGGUACUUCGGGCUGUUCCACUACUGCGUGGGCAGCGGGCUGGCGGGCCGGGAGCUGUCGUGCCGCGGCUCCUUCACCGACUUCAGCACCAUCCCCUCGGGCGCCUUUCAGGCGGCCGCGUUCUUCGUGCUGCUCUCCAUGGUGCUGACGCUGGGCUGCAUCACCUGCUUCGCCCUGUUCUUCUUCUGCAACACCGCCACCGUCUACAAGAUCUGCGCCUGGAUGCAGCUGCUGGCAGCGCUCUGCCUGGUGCUGGGCUGCAUGAUCUUUCCCGAUGGCUGGGAUGCAGAGACCAUACGGGACAUGUGCGGGGAGAAGACGGGGAAGUACUCCCUGGGCGACUGCUCUGUACGCUGGGCUUAUAUCCUGGCCAUCAUCGGCAUCCUCAACGCCCUUAUCCUCUCCUUCCUGGCCUUUGUUCUCGGCAACCGGCAGAACGACCUGCUGCACGAGGAGCUCAAGACAGAGAGCAAAGAUUUUGUUGGCACUGCGAGGAUAUAAGGCCGACCAUCCGCAGCAGGACCCUCUUCCCAUGGCCGGCAGCCUGGGCGCUCCCUCCCUGUCCUGCCCUUCAUUUGCUGCCAGCGGCCACACAGCGUCCCGUGCCGCCCUCCGGGCCCCGCUGCCCGCGCCAGGGAUGUGCCAGCCGCCCGCCCCAUCCAUGGCCACCUCCAUGUCCACGCCGGCACCACCAUCCCACGCACCCUGCCAGCUCCGUACCCACCGCUGCCUGCGGGCCGCCGCCGGGGGAGGAUGCCUCAAACCCGCUUCGUUCAAGAACAGAAUCCAGCUGCGGUUUUGUUUCAAGGAAAAAACAGUCUCGGAGUUUUUAACAGAUUUCUACAUCCCCAGGACUCCUGACCUGCUGCCUCCCACCCGAACGCGCACCCAGUGACGCCCUGUGCCGGCUGCUCCGGGUCCCGGACCCCUCCCCACUCCCAUUUUGUACAGCUCCGUGAUCCUGUCUCCACAGCCAGGGGACCCGGUGGCCGGGAUGGGGCCCAACCCCUACUUUUACACGUAAAUUCAUAUUCUCUAAACAGGGUAAAGUGACUCGAGCCCCCUCUCCCCCUGCCCCGGGAGUCCAGCCCAGGACAUGGUGUUUCCUGGUGCGUGGCUGUGGCCGCAGGCUGCUGCUCGCUCCCCUCAGCGUGGGGACCGCAGGGGCCUUGCUGCUGCCGCCCGUGGGACACCCGACUCGCGCCGCCGUUGAAUGUAAGCCCCGGUAAGUGAGAGCAGCUGAACAUGCAAAACCCCCGGGCGGGCACAGGAGGACCCCCCCGCCAAGACCCCUCCCCGAGCCGGCCGCGGGCUGUUGCCAAACGCCUUCCCUCCCCAUCCCCAUACGGUGCUUUAUCUCCACUGGUGACAGCAAGGCUUUCCCUGCCGCACGGCACGGCCGGGUGUACCUGAGCGCUCCUGUACCCACCCGGCCUCCCGGCUGUACCUGCUGGCCCGCGGUGAUGGCGUGAGGGGAGCCGGUGGCUGCUGCCCCGGGCAGCGCCGGCGGCCCCCGAGGCCACACACAGCACCCGGGAGCCGACACCCCGGCACGGGUGGCCACAGCCCGGCUGUGGCUCUGCUGGCCAGACCAGCGUGUGCGUGGGCUUCCCCUGGCCCCAGGGGCUUGGGUCACCGCAGCCCUCGCAAUGCAAUAAAGUCCUCAGCACUGGCCGCGUCUCAGUGCGAGCAGCUGGGGCUCCUUGCAGGGCCCAGGGCAGGGCCCCCAGGGGCUUGCUGGAGCCCCGGCAGGGCUGGACCCCGACACUGGGCAAGGCCAGGGAGCAGGCGAGUGGGAGCAGGGAGCAGAGUGGGACCGCGGUCCUGGGAUGGGGCCACGGAGCCUGGAGGCUGCUGGGGGAUGGCAGUGAAGGGCUCUGCGGGACCCAGCGCCUCCCCACGCACCAGGGGCGGGCUGGAGCAGGUAAGUGAUGCCCUAAGGCCCUGCGGGGUGGCGGUGGGGGAUGGAGCUGUGCCGAAACACCAUCUGGGAGCCAAAUCCACCCGGGAUGGAGUGCGUGCCAGUACUCCUGCCAGUGCCCUCCGCCAGCCAUGAGCCCAGCGGUGCCCACAUCCCUCCGACAGCUGCCCCCCAGAACGAGGUCAACGGGAACUCGCAGCGCCCGGGUCUUGCCAGCUUGAGAGUGCUGUUGCCAGAUGAAUUGGAAAAACAAACCAAGAAAAUCAGUGGAGAAAGGAAUACAGUAGCUGUAAUAUAUCUGUAUUUUAGUACAAAGUUUGAUACAGUGUUUCACAAAACCUUAUUGAAAAAUAUAAUUCAAACCAGA